AUGCAGGGCAAAGAGACAGCCAAGUGGCCAGACAGCCCAGCUUUUUGGCACCCGGCACACAUCCUCUUCAUGGCCAACACGCCCGGGAAGAAGGUCAGCUCAGCCAAAGGGGCAGUGAAGGAAGAGCCCAAGAGGAGAUCAGCGUGGUUGUCAGCUAAACAUGUUCCUGCAGAAGUAGAAACGAAGCCAAAAAAGGCAGCAGGAAAGGAUAAAUCUUCAUACAAAAAAAUGCAAACAAAAGUGAAAAGGGGAGCAAAGGGAAAACAGGCAGAAGUGGCUAACCAAGAAACUAAAGAUUUACCUGCAGAAACCAGAGGAACUACAACCAAAAGUCUAGCUUCUGAUGAAGCAGGAGAGAAAGAAGCCAAGUCUGAUUAA